AUGUCAUACCUUCAACAGCAGCUCAAGAGCUUCAAUGCCAGCGUGGUGGAAUCGGCAAACCGCCUGCCACCGCAGCGGCGAAUGGCGGGUAAUAACCCGUCAGCUUCCGCUAGCAGUUCUCUAGGGCCGUCAUCUGCACCGACUCCUUCUCCAGUUGGCGAUUUAAAGAAGAAACGCCACGAUGCCGACAUCGUGUAUUCGCAACCAGCCAAUACAGGCACAGGAAAGGAUAUCAUGACCCAAGUUCUCUUUGCGAUCGAGCACAUGAAGACGAAGGCCGUUCCCUUGAAAUUCGCCGACAUUGUGUCGUACCUGUCACUGCAGCAUCGUGCGAAUGAUCCGGCAUAUGUGCAAGCGCUCCGCAGUAUUCUCCAGCGCCACGAGAAGGUCGACUUUGAUCCUGCCGGCGCUGGUGGUGAGGGUACAUUUAGCUUCCGACCUCCGCAUAAUGUCCGCAAUGCCGAACAAUUGCUGCAAAAGCUCCAGUCUCAGAAGACAGCUGCCGGUAUGAGCGUUCGUGAGCUUCGGGAAGGCUGGCUCAAUGUUGAAGAAACUAUCAAUCAACUGGAGCGAGAGGGGAAAUUGCUUGUCACUCGAAAUAAAAAGGACGAUCACGCGAAAAUGGUCUGGGCCAACGAUCCAUCCUUAAUCGAGCACUUUGAUCCCGAGUUCAAACAGAUCUGGGAGAAGAUCAAGAUUCCUGACCCUCAAGCUGUGAAGGAGGCUCUGGAUAAAGCGGGCAUUCUACCAACAAAUAAAAACAAGGUGAUGAAGCCUCGCAUGAAGGUGGAACAGAAAAAGACCAAGAAACCUCGACGCAGUGGCAAGACCACCAACACUCACAUGCAGGGUAUCCUAAGGGACUACUCUCAUCUCAAACGUUAA